AUGGCUUUCGGAAUUCUGGAGCCAGUGUCAAGCACAAUCCCAUCUGGAACGAAUCUCCUAGAGAAUUUGCGCAGUGCAUCAGAUCCAGACGGAAUCGAGACGCGACUCAUCCUUGUCCCCAAGCCAUCCGACUCGCCAUUAGAUCCAUUGAAAUGGCCUCGAUAUAAGAAAGAACUCCUCUUCGGGACUAUUGUCUUCGGGGCAUGUGCAGCCGGGUCACUAGGGCCAGUUCUUGUGCCUGGUUUUACUACGGUCGCCAUAUUGCUCGAUGUGCAACUGACUGAUAUGGCUCUUCUGAAUGGGAGUUUGAUCAUGACUCUUGGUGUGAGCGCAUACCUUUGUCCCUGUAUAGCCGAAGUAUACGGAAAGCGAAUGGUGUAUCUUGUAACGACGAUUAUUAUUGUGGCUGGAUGUUGCUGGGCUGGCGCAGCAAGUUCAUACAAUUCCCUAUUGGGGGCGCGCGCAAUACAAGGUCUUGGAAUGGGCGGCUUUUUUGCGAUGGCAGGUACCGCUUCAAUCACGGAUGUAUUCUUUGUGCACGAGCGAGGGAGACGUAUUGGACUUUGGAAUUUCAGCGUCAUGAUUUCAAACAAUCUCACACCGAUUGUGAGUGGAUAUGUCAUCUCCAAUCUGUCCUGGCACUGGAGCUUCUGGCUUCUAGCAAUUCUUUGGGUUGUGAUUCUGGCAGCAACCCUCGUCUGCUUCCCCGAGACGACUUUCUACCGCAAUGUAGCCUUAGAUAACUCCGUUGAAGUCGAUAUCUCCGGUGAUAACUCAACUCCCCCAAAAGACAAAUCAGAACAACCAGCAUCGAUCAUAAGCUCACCAAAUCAUGAGGUCAAAAGCUUAGAUGUUGAGAGGUAUUCUCAAGUAUCCAGUUGGAAAUAUCAUUUUGGGUUUGGCGCUGUAAAGUUUCGCGACCAAAGUCGUGUCUUCAAGCUUUGUGUAGAUCCAAUUAUCCUCUUAGCACACCCAGCAGUCCUUUGGGGAUGUCUAAUGUGGUCGGUGGUUUUUACAUGGAUCAUUCUAAUCGGCACUGUGGUCUCUCAAAUCUUUGGAGCAGAACCAUAUAGCAUGAGCACAACCGCAGUCGGAAACCUUGCAGGAAUCGCACCUUUGAUUGGAUCCACAAUAGGAACACUCACAGCGGGGUGGGCUUGCGACAAGAUAGUCGGAUAUCUGGCACUACGCAAUCGUGGUAUGUAUGAGCCAGAGUUUCGUCUUCUUAUCAUUAUACCGGCAUUUAUUGCCAUGGCUGUUGGUGGAUUUGGUCUUGCAGCUGCCAUUGAUAAAGGCCUCUCGCCAGUCACGUGCGGUGUUUUUAUGGCGAUUUUAAAUUUUGCGGUUGGUGCUGGGUGCACCGGCGUUGUUGCAUACACCAACGAUGUAUGCGGCCAACGAUCCGGUGAAGCCUUUGGUCUUGCUAUGAUUAUUAAAAGCGCCUUUGCUUUCGGUCUCACGUUCGUAUUUAACGAUUAUUAUACUACAGCCGGCCCUCUUGUAUUUUUCUCAACUUUUACGGCGUUGACUUUAGGUAUCAUGCUGACGACAGUCCCAAUGUAUACAUUUGGAAAGAGGAUACGAUCAUGGGCGGAUACAACAACUGCGUUGACUUUCUCUGGACCUAAAUGA